AUGUUAGUCUCUAUUAAAAUAUUAUAUUUUUCCAUUUUAUUUUUCUUCCUUUUCAUAUUAUUUGGACCCAUUUCUUUUAAAAAUUCUUCAAAAUUAAAAAAUGAACCUGAACUUCAUGGAAACUUUCUUCAUAUAACAGAUUUUCACCCGGAUCCUCACUAUGUUAAUAAUGUUACUGCAUUAUCAAGAUGUCAUCAUAAACAUCUUCAAAUAGCCAAGAAACCCGAACAUAUGUUGAAAGGAAUAUCUGGUCCUUGGGGUGCUCCAGCGACUGUUUGUGAUUCUCCGGUUGGUCUUAUAAACGCUACUUUUGAAUGGUUGGAAAAAAAUUGGAAAAAUAAGCUCGAUUUUAUUAUAUGGACUGGUGAUAACUCUAGGCACGAUAAUGAUGAAAAAAUACCACGUUCACCUAUUGAAAUGUUCCGAUUGAACAGAUUUAUAACUGAAAAAUUUUUAAAAACUUUCUCAAACAAGAAAAAGCAUGCACCACAUUUCAUUCCUAUUGUACCAUCAAUAGGAAACAACGAUAUUUUUCCUAAUAAUAUUAUUAGUGCAGGACCAAAUGAACUCCUUUCAAUACUUCAUGAAAUCUGGUCUCCUUUUAUUCCUAAAGGACAACAUGAAACUUUUCUUAAUGGAGGAUAUUAUUACACAGAAGUUAUUCCAGGGAAACUUAUCGUUGUCUCAUUAAACACUUUAUAUUUUUAUGAUUCUAAUACCGCAGUUAAUGGAUGUAUUGAAGAAGGUCAACCGGGUACAAUUGAAAUGAAAUGGUUGAAUAAUGUUUUGAAAGAAGCUCGCAAGAAUGGAAUGAAAGUUUACUUAACGGGCCAUGUUGCACCAAGGGCUAAACAAUACACGAUAUCAUGUUUUAAGAAAUACGGUCAAUUGUCAUUAAAAUAUCAAGACAUUAUAUUAGGUCAUUAUUAUGGUCAUUCAAAUAUGGAUCAUUUCUUUUUUAUUAGUUCUAGUGGGGUAAAAAAAGAUAAUCCUAAGGAUGAUGAGGAGGUACUAUCAAUAGAUGAUGAUGAUUUAUAUGAUGAAACAGAAAAUGCAGAAAAUGAUGAUGAAACCGUUGAAGAUACACGCAUUCAUCAAGAAGGACAAGAAGAAGAUGGGAAGAUUGAGACAAAGGUUAAAGAUCUUAAAAAAUAUAUGAAACAACUUCUCACACAUUAUCGUGCAUUACCUCCUCUUACUGAAGAUAAUGUGAAAAAUUAUGCUGUUGUACAUAUUAACCCAUCCAUAAUUCCUACAUUCUUUCCCGCUUUGAGAAUAUUUAAAUAUAACACGACUGAGAUAAAAAAUGAAGUUUCUGAUUUGGAUGCUCCUUCACUCAAAAACACUUUUUUAACGCCUUUAGGUUACACUCAAUAUUUUAUAAAUCUAACCCAUGCAAAUUUGUUUCCAAACGUUACACCAGAAUUCACAAUCGAAUACACAACAUGGGAUGAUUAUUAUUUGAAAGAUUUAACAAUACCGAGUUGGAUACGAUUGGCGAGAAAAAUUGUUAAUGAUGGACUUAAUAGCGCAUUAUGGGAUAAAAUUCAAGAAUAUUUAUUAGUAGGAACAAGAGAUUUGAUUAUUCGAAAGAGCAGCUCAUUCCAAAAAUGUUCAUAUUCGAAAUGCCCUGCAAAAGAACCAGAAGAUUAUAUAGCUUCGGAACUUACGUUUUAA